UUGUUGCAUUUGCACCGCAGUUAAAGAAAACAAAGAACGGCAAUUCGAUUGGUGUUCUUUGAGUAGAACGUGUUUAUUUCGUAAUGGACCAGCUAAAAGGCUUACUUAAGUCCUACGAGGCAUGGGUAGCCAAAAAUCCCGAUGUAGUCGGCGACUUCGAGACUACGGCCAAAUGGGUUUCAUAUUUUGUGGCAGGUCGCAUAUCGAACUCCAAUGUACUCUCCGAGCUAGUCUACACGUUAUCCAAUAUGCUGGUGUUCUACAACGAUCGCAUUAUCGACAAGGCACGUGGUGCCAACGAAAACGCCGUAAUCCGGCUUCAGUCCGGCCUUUGCUAUCGUCUAAAGGUCACGCUGACGACGCUCGAAUACUCUGAGGUGUUUAUCGAGAUAUCAGCGCGACGCUUGUUUGGCCAAACGGGCAAAUGGCUGGUGAUAGCGCUCAUACAAGUCUUCAAAGCAGCUGGCCGUUUGUUUCUGCUCAAGCAUUCCACCUCGGACAUUAUCACGUCACCGCCCAUCGCAGCUUUGAACCGUCGUGCACUGAGCAAACAGCGUACACCGGAGGCAUCUGUUGCCCAGUCGGAGCAUUCCAUAACGUUUCAAUUGAAACGUUCCGGCCGCCUUAUACGUAAAGUUGAGGGCGCACCGCCCAUACAAUACCGUGACUUUAAGUUGCAUGUGGACAAUGCGGAUGCGGCCAAAACACAAAUACCACGCGAGCUACUCCAAGCGGAAUACUUGUACAUUGCCAAACCGCUCAUCCAUUUGACGGCCAUGGGCUUGUUCGGUCAGCGCAGCUGGAAGCAGUACAUGAUCGCACUGUCCCUUGAUUUGUAUAGCGUACAUCUGUAUCGCCAGCAUAGGCAUCUUAUGUCCAAGCAGCAGAAACUGGAGCUAAGCAGACGCUGCAUCAAUCUGUUGUACUUCCUCGUGCGUUCGCCCUUUUAUGAUAACUACAGCAAGACGCGCAUCGAACGAAUUUUGAGCUUCGUGGGGCAGCAUGUGCCCCUUGUCAAAUUGGUGGCCGGACCCCUGCGCGAAUACAUUCCGCAAUGGCAGAACACCUACUUUUAUCUGUGGUCCACUUGAGGCUCUAUAACAAGUAUUCCGUUUUAAGCUAAGUUAUAAAGUAAUGAAUGGAUUAGUGGGCGAUUUGCGCACAGGUUGAGAGAAAUUGAUGGAGUAAGGAGAUUACUGCUGACAUCCUCUUAAGAUUUCUGUCAUGCUGGUUUAGAUGGUGAGAUUUUUUAGUAUGUUGUGUGUUUGUAUGGCUUUUUAAAUUAUAUUUGGAACAAUAUUUGUACACAUACAUUAAACGAUAUUUUUUGUUUCCUCUUUUUUCAUCUUACACGCUAAACUAUACAUAACAAUUAUUCAAAUUGGCUACAAAU